AGAUAAUAGUCGUCUUCGUUGAUGGAAGCGUCACGUAAGCGGGAUAAGUGACAUCCAGUUUCGUGUGCCUGUCGCUUGUUUCAUUCUUUUAUCGGCAAUAAAUGUUAAUCCCUACGCGCAAUUCAACUGGAUCUCGAUCGAUGUUUAAAUUGUUUGAAAAAAACGAAUUAACUAACUCAUUUACAGAUUAUGAGUGUGGUUGUAUUAAAUUAUUUAAUAUUGUUUGUGAAAAUGCAUUGUGCAAAUAUCGAUAUCAUAAUUGGAAAAGUUUUAACCUAGAGGAAAGCAUUUAUUUUAUUUUAUUUAUCUACAAAGAUAACGUGAAACACACAGUCGUUUGAAGAGGUAAAUCUGUCCCAAGAAAAAUACAUACACAAGUUUAUCAUUUUGCUGAGAAGGAGAAACUUGAGAAAACAAACGAUCGUUAGUGUAUUUAGUGCUUCCAAUAAUUCAGUAUACAAUUUUAUUCUUGUGCCUGCAUUAAAUGAACGAAUGAAAUAUAUUUUCAUGUAUUAAAAAUUUACGAGAAAGAAUUUAUGAGAAAAAAUGGUGGUUAAAAAAUAAUAUAAAUAUUAAUAAUUCAAUAAAUAUAUUUAAAAAUUUAAAUUAAAUAAUUAAAUAAGUUGUUUUGAUAUAUUUAUUUUAUAAUUGAGAAAAAUUAAAAGUGAAUGUUGGUUGUGAAAAAGUAUAUAAGUGAUGGAGUCUGAAUAUUUGGAAAUUUCUUGGAAAGCGAAAAUACAACAAAUACGAAAACGAAUUCGCGUUUUAUUUAGGGAUACGUUAAAAAAAUAUAGAUCAAAAAGAAAAGGUUAUACCAGAUUUCUCACGGAUGAGGAAAAGAGGUGGCUUAUCAUUGCCGAAUAUGACUUGUCCAACCGGCUUGGAAUACCUUAUAGUCCUUGAUUAUUUAGGCAUACGGAAAAAUACAAGAGAAGUCGACCAUUUUUGGGAUGUUAAAAAUGAAUUCUUCGUGUUGAAUAUCAGAGGAGAGACAAUAUUUAAUGUUACGGAACAAUCAGAUUGGUGGGGACGUUUAUGUUUGGGUUCUUCUAGUACUUGCGAAUUUCAUGUGACUGAUUCUUACGGAAGAAAACUUCUGCGUAUGGUUCAACCUUUUACUUGUUCAUUUCAGACGUUACAAGUGUAUUCUGAAGAUGUAUUACUCGGUUCUAUCUCACAAAAUUGUUACUUUCUAAGACCAACAUUUUCUAUUAAUGAUUCGACUGGGAAAACUGUUUUAAGAUUAAAAGGACCAAGGUUUCCAACUUGUAAUAACAUAGUGUACAAGAUAAAAUCUACAGAUUAUAAAUAUAAAGUUGGAGAAAUUAAAAUAACAUUUAAAAUGUUAAAUUAUUUCAUUCCUUUUGCCGACGUAACCACUGGUGAUUUCAAUAUAAAUUUUCCUUUAGAUUUAGACGUUAAAAUUAAAAGUGUUCUUCUUGGCGCUUGUUUUUUACUCGACUUGUUUUAUAAACGAAGAAGACAAAGUGUUUUGCUAUAAAAUAAAAUAUUACAAUGAAAGUAAUAUUUGUACCAAAACGUACAAUAUCGUUAACGAUUUCGAUUUAUAAAUAUUAUUGAUUUGAUAUUUUUGUAUUUUAGUAAAUAAUUUGAAGUACGAAUAUUAUUCAUUAUUCAUAAAGUGUAUUUAAUAAUAGCGUGUGAGAUUUUGCGAGUUGUAUGAGAUUUAUCUUUUGAGAUUUCUAUUACAAGACUAAAUAAAUUGUUCAAUUCCUAAAUUUUUAA